CCAUGCAACACGUCAACUCUUCCAACAGCUCUGUGAGCACCCACAGCUUGCCUGAAAACCUGGUCGCCAGUGGUGUACUGGGAAUGUGCUUUGCGCUCGGUGUACCAGGUAAUAUAGCAGUGUUGGUGCUUCUUCCUGGGUGGCUGAAGGGAGGUACUUUUACCCCAAGGCUGAUGAGAAGUCUGGCUGUGUCGGACCUAAUGACUCUGCUUCCCCUACCAGUCUGGAUCUGGGCCCUCCUGAAUGGCUGGGUCUUUGGCUUGUUUCUGUGUAAGUUUCUCUCCUAUGUGGUCUACUGGAACAUAUACUGUAGUGUGCUGUGUGUGACUUCACUGAGCAUGCAGAGAUACAUGCAGGUGUUGCACACUCAGACGUGGGCUAAGCUCAGACAGCGGGGACAGCAUAGACUAGUGACUGGGAUAUGGUGCCUGAGUGCUAUUUUGGCUUCCUAUACUCUCAUUCAGCGCAGUGUAAAGUCCGAGGAAGAUGGAAAGCUGCACUGCACACAGCAUUAUUCCAGUGACAUAGAGAGGGUGACUACUUUGCUCUUGGAGACUUUAGUUCUGUUUGGGCUCCCCUUCCCUCUACUGGUUUACUUCUAUUGCCGUCUUCACCAGGGAGUUAAACACUCAACUUUCUUUAACAGUCACAGGAUGACAAAUUUGGUGGCCAGAAUCGUGGUGACUUUUUUCAUUCUUUGGAUCCCAACUCAUAUUAGCAACAUUGUGCUUGCUGCUGCAGUGUUGCUCGGGCAUGAUGGGUUGUUAUGGUUUGGAAAAGCUGUCAGAAAUAUUGCUGGAGCUCUGACGUUCAUCAGCAGCUGCGUGAACCCUCUUCUGUAUGCCUUCUCUGCUCAGGUUCUCUGGCAGCACACACCUGGGUCAGAAAGUGUUUAGUGCCUCUGUGAUGUGGAAGUACGAUAGUGUGUGAGCUUUCUAUGGCAGCCAUAAAUGAUGGCACAAAAAAGGGUUCCUUAAGGAUCCAUUUUAAAAUGUAAUAUUACAUGUAAUUUAUAUCUAUGCAUGUGGCAUUAUUUCCCUUUUUGCUAAAGUUGCAUGUUUGAAAGUUAGUUUUCAUUUAUUUUGGCCAGUUCUUUGUGUGUAACCCAGCUUUCUGUGCAAAUAAAAUGUUCAUUUUCUUCUGUUUUUAAUCCUUUGGUCAGUUUAGCUGGCAAUUAUUACUACUGAUUUUAUCAUUGCAAAUUCAUAAGGAUAACAAGGUUAAAGAAGUGGUGCUUUUGGUGGAAAGUUUUUCUUAUUUUGA